AGUUGAUGCAGCUGUUUGCUAGGUGAGAGCUUAACAGACAAGGUCAAGUCAGGCCAGGCAGGUACUAAAGACUAAACCCGCUGGGGGAGAAGAGUGACCCUCGUGAUAGAUAGCGCAAGUUGGUAGCCAUGAUGAGUGAUGUGAUACGUACAGCACCGGCUUUUCUCGUCAAGCCAUGACUCGAUUCAUGUUGACUACCUAUUAAUGAUAACUAAUUGACGAGUCUUUCUUACUACAGAUACAUUCGUAUCUCAAUUUUCUUCUUUCUAGUUACCUAAGUAUUAAUCUGCGUCUCUAUUGCUGCUAGAAGUUGGUGAGUGGUAACGGUGACGCGCUGUUGUUCUGACGGGAACCACCUCCACCUCUACCCGCCCCGUCCAUCACCAUCACCAUCACCAUCCACCCGUCUUCUCCUACAACUACCAACCGCUAUAGUACACAAGUCGCCUUGUUCUCCCAACUUGAAGAUCACUUGAGUCUAUUGCUCUUAUUUAUUUCUUUCGCUUUCUGCUCCGCUUUGUCAGCCUUGCCGGCAAUUUGUCGACGCAUCCGAAGCUCGUGCUACCACCUCCCAGACGACCGUUACGACUGUUUCCGACUACGCUACAGCUCACAUCCCCACUACAAGCCUGCGCUGGAACCCAUCCUAGGGCUUCACCUGGCAGUUAACUCACCUGCCUUUGCUGCUGGGUGACUUGCUACCUAGGUACCUUAGGUGAUAGCCGGGCUGUUUCGUUCCUGCUUGUCGUGGGCAUGGCAAGUCCCCUUCACCAAGCUUCUCGCUCGUCUGCUCGUCCCGAACCAGCUUCGCCAUCCACUCGCCACGCCCAUUUCUCUCCUCCGCAUAACUCGUCUAUCACCAAUACUCCCAACUUUUAUACACAUCCUGCCCGUACUUCGAUAUUUAGUGCAUCCGGCGAGCUCAACAUUCUGGGCUCCGAACCGACGAAUACCAUCAUGGAGACUGUUGGGAUUGAGACGAACGCUCGGAGAACUGGUCUACCGUCCUUCUCACGAGCCUUUAACAUGCUUGUGGAAUCCGGGGCUGUUGAUAAUAAUUUCAAGAACGAGGAUGAGACUUUCUUUGUCCCAUCGUAUCUCGAGAACUCGACAUACGCCCAGAAGCUCCAGGAGGCACACCAAACUAAAGUUCAGUCCCGUCGCGAUUCGACUCCAGCGAAUGGUUUAUCCCAGCACUCCGCUACGUUCAACCAGCAUCCUUUGCCCCCCGGUUCGCAUCGAGGCAUGUCGCACACUGUUAUAGAGCGUCCCCCGGCCUUCGAGGAGGAUGAUGACCUUGCACCUUUGCCAACAAAAUGGAACAAGGAUGAUCAGUGGGGAGGCAUUGAGAUCCAAGCUGACGGCUGUACUGUGAAGUACAUCGGACCUAAGAAUCAACACGACCAAGAUCACAUGGCUUGUGCAGUCCGCGCCGACCACUAUAUGCCCCCCCAGUGCGGAAUUUAUUACUUCGAGGUGCAAAUAGCAACAGCUAAACGCGACGACGCGACUAUAGGUAUUGGGUUCGCAACCAAGAAUGUCAAUCUGUCACGGCCUAUUGGCUGGGAACCCGAGGCCUGGGGUUAUCACGGCGACGACGGGCGAUGUUUUACAGGGUCAAAUAUCGGAAGACACUACGGCCCUGGAUACAACGCCUAUGACGUGAUUGGAUGUGGCGUGAAUUUCAGGGAGAACAACGCCUUCUUCACCAAAAAUGGAGUUAAGCUAAUCACGGCAUUCCACGAUGUUAACAGAGGUAGGCUCUACCCAGCGAUUAGCCUCAAGAAGCCCGGCGAGUCCAUCCGAGUCAAUUUUGGACAAAGCCCUUUUGUGUAUAACAUCGACGAUAUGAUGCGGGAAGAGCGUGAGAGAGUGCAGAAAGAUAUUCAAGCUACAGACACAUCAAGUCUCGUCCCAAACAUGAGCGAAACCGAUGUAAUUCAGGCACUUGUUCUUCAGUUCCUCCAACAUGAUGGCUACGUGGGUACAGCUCGGGCUUUUGCAGAAGACAUAAAGAAGCAAAAAGAAGCUCUAAGCCUUGAUCCCGGAGUUAAGGUCGACGGUGUUAGUAUUAGAGAUGACGAAGACGCAAAUAAUCGCCAACGGAUCCGGCGUGCAAUCCUCGAAGGGGAUAUUGACAGGGCGCUCAAGUACACGAAUGCAUAUUAUCCCCACGUUUUAAAGGAUAACGAACAAGUCUAUUUCAGAUUGCAAUGUCGCAAGUUUAUCGAAUUGGUGCGAAAAGCGGCCCAGCUCAACAUGCGUAAUGAGACCAAGGGUAAUGGGCAUGUUAACAACCCCGCACCUCAGACGAUGGAUCUCGAUCUAAACGGCAGCGAAAAUCCUUCAAGGGAUGCGGAUGGUGGUGAGAAUAAGACAGUGGUUGCAGAGCUUGAGCGCAACAUGCUGGAAUACGGACGGACACUCCAGGAACAAUACGUCAAUGACCCACGGGUAGAAGUCAGCAAGGCACUUACUGAGAUUUGGGCAUUGUUGGCAUAUGAAAACCCACUCAAGGUGCCUCAAGUCAGCCACCUCUUGGAUAGGAACGGUAGAGUUGCUGUUGCGGAGGAACUAAACUCGGCCAUUCUACUAUCUCUCGGCAAAUCGUCUCGAGCAGCACUAGAGAAAGUUUAUGCUCAGACCAGCGUGCUCCUUGAAGACCUUCGCCAAGACGGUGGCGAAGGAGCAUUUGCUUCGGUGAAUGAUGUCUUGAAGGGAAUCCCACAACCUCCACAACACUGAUUCCACCAUCGCCGACAUGCCUGCUAUUUUUGCCUCAUUGUCGGUUUGCAUUCUCGGGGGUUUAUGGUCAUCGGCGUUCUAAAGGGUAAUGCUAUUAGUAUGGAGUUUCUCUUGUAUCUUGUUUUCUGUUUCUGCUCACUUCUUACCACACGAGCCUGUAAGAUACUGUGCUCGUUCAGGAGUGGCACUUUGUCGAUACAAAGCAUCUCGUAUGAAGGUUCUGUGUUCCUAAUGAACUCUUAUAGACGGGUGAAGGGAUUGGGGAUGGCUUCAUGGAUAAUAGGUCAACAACUCCCCUCUUGCAGGCAAAGAACGGCGGGUUGUACAAUGCCCAGCACAUAGAUAAGACCAGUGUCGACGAUCAGUGGUAAAUCGAUUUUCAGCAUAUUCUACCAGGCACGGGAUUCUGAGCUGGCUGCUUGGCCGUAUCUAUUUUCCUUUGCCAGUUCCUUUGUGAUAUAUAUAGUACAUAUUUAUACAGCCCGUGUCUCGUCUUCUCUACGACGAUGGGAUGAAACUAUCCUCCUGGAUAAUGAGCAUCCUGAUAGAUUCACAAUUUGUCCACCCCCCAGCACUUUUUGUAUAGCCGUUCCUUGUGCCUCUUCAAAUUAUCCAGUCCUCCCAAGCACUGACUCAAUGACUUGUCCUGCCAAGCAAGAGCAUUAUCG